AUAACACAUUCACAUUGGACGGGGCGUGUAGUUUCGCCGAUUGAGCCAGAGCGAAUCAUUUUAUAACAUGGCGUUAUCCAAACCAUUAGUUCCAGACAGUAUCGAAGAGAUACCAGUCAUAGCGCAGCACUAUUUGGAGUGUGGCAAUGCAGACUGUGAAAGGAAUGCCCAAUUUUACUGCAAUCCUUGUCACCAACCAAUGUGUGAACAAUGCAGGGACGAACAUCAGAAGAAUAAGAAAACCAAGAACCAUGAAGUGGUUCUUUACCGACAACGAAAACGACAACUUCCUGAAGGGAAAUGCAGUGAUCACCCAAAUAAAGAUGUAGACGUUCUGUGCGAGGAUUGUCAAGUUCCACUGUGUUCCAAAUGCGCAUUAAAAGACCAUAGGAAACAUUCAUUGAUUGAUUUAGAGAAUUUUUAUUCAGAGAGAUCUAUUCUCUGCAAUGAUGAGAUCUAUAAAAUUAAUCAGUAUUUUCUCCCAACUUCUCAAGAUAUGCAAAGAGAUGUAUUGAAAAAUAUCAAAAGUAUAAAAGCAACAAUGGAUAAAAUACGAAAAUCCAUUAAGGCUGAAGCGGAAACUUUCAAAAGUCUGGUGGACACAGUGAUGUCUGAAAAUAUAGAACAAGCCAACAGAAUGGAAGAAUUACUAAUGGAAGAGCUUCAGAGACAAGACAACACAUACAAAGAUUACAUCUCCUAUCUUGAGGACCGUGACAAAGAGUUCUAUGGCUUCCUGGCCUUUCCUAAACUUCAUAACAAUCCAAUCAUUUUCUCGCCUCAUGACAAUUUAAAAGUACGACCCAUUCCAGAGAUCACGAAGCCAGUCUCUCCAGUAUUUACUGCUGGUCAAUACAGCAAAGAUGAUGUUGCCAAACUACUGGGAAGAGCAAUUGUUCCUGAUGCCAAACCAGAGAAUAGAAAAAUAAAACUCAUUAAGACUGACUCUACAGAGUUGAAACCAACAGAGAAAAUGAAGAAACAAGAAAGAGAGAAACAUGACGCGAAACAAACACUGUCUCUGUCUUCCUUUGUCACCAAGGUCAGGGAGUACACAGUAUCAGUUGUUGGUGGUGUACGCCAUAUAUCAGUAGGUAAAUCAGGCAGACUCUGGGUUAUUGAUGAUAGAGGUAAACUAGUCCAAACAAAUUUACAUGGACUUCACCAACAGAAGAUACUUGCCAGUUGUGUAUGCUCCCACACAGUCACACAAGACGGGGAUCUGAUAUAUACAGACGAAGACAACAAAGCAAUCAAUAGGAUAACUAAGGAUAAUACAAUCACUGAAUUCAUUAAAACAGGAAAAUGGACACCAACCAGCAUACAUUCCUCCCACAUUAACGGGGACAUACUGGUCUGGAUGAGCCAUGUUAAAGAGACUAAAAUCACCAGGUACAACAAGACAGGGAAAGAAAUACAGAACAUACAAAGAAAAGGGUUUAUUGAUCUAUACAAUAUCGCAGAAAACAUAAACGGUGAUAUCUGUAUAUUAGACUGGAUGGAAGGAGCUGUAGUGGUGUUGAAUAAAUCAGGACAACAAAGAUUUUCCUACACAAAGCGGAAAUCAAUAUUUAGUCCACAUGCUAUUUGCACUGAUAUCCGUGGCCAUAUCCUUGUAUGUGAUCGUCACAAUAAGACGGUUAUUGUUCUGAGUCAGGAUGGCCAGUUCUUGUGUCAACUACUCACUAAACAACAUGGGAUAGAAUAUGCUUCUAGUUUGUUUGUGGACGAUGAUAACAAUCUUCAUGUUGGACAAUCUAACACUAACAAAGUGAAAGUGUACAAGUAUCUACAGUGACCAUUCUUUCUUUCAUCGGAAAAGUGCAUACUCCUAACUUCAUUGAAAUAAAACUAAGAUGUGAAAUUGAAUCACGCAUGUACAUAUUUUUUUCAAUUUCAGGAUUAAUAUCAAAUUGACUUAGACACACGUAAAACCUAGUACGUGGAUAAAUGUGUGCUUGUAUUUUUAGUAGAAGUUAAUUUUUUUGCCUUCACCAAGCAACCAACGUUUUAAUAAGGGUAUGAAAACACAUCGCUGCUUUUCGAGUUUCUGGACAUCCUCAGAACUUGCAUGACAACAAACACCACACCUGGAUCAUGUCCGGCAUGUUCUCUCAGGAACAACUGGACUAUGUUCAAGAUCGCACCUACUACCCUUGCUGCUAGGUUAGACAUGUAUGUUCUAUUGAACGCACUGUAUGAACUAAUUGCUAAUUACGAAUGCUAAGCUAACAACUCAUUCAAGAUCAUAGCGGCUACGGAAGACUAUAUUUAGGUAUAUCUACUACGAUCUUGACAAACGCAACCUUGUACUCGUGCGGCUACCCGUUCGGGGUUUUUCGUGCGUUGAUUACUUGGCAAUCACGCUUAAAUGUGCUAAAAUUGUGGCGCUCUCAUCUUCGAAAAACUUACAAAAUGGCAACCAAUGACAGAUUCGUUCAAAAAGGUCGUAGUCGUAAGGCAAUUAUCAUAGAGUCGAUGAAUCUUUGAUAAUCUUGAUUUCAAAACUCUUUGAAUGAAACUUCACAUUUUCAUUCCUUACUAGGAUUUGUAAUCUAAACUAAAUAUUAAUAUGUUUUACAUCACAUGCACUGUAAAUAAAACUUGUAAUCUUAAACUGACAUAUUGUUUACCCAAGUCAUUAUUACUUAUUGUCUUACAGGUAUAUAAGCCGUUUAUAAUGGCAUUUUUUUAGCGUUAAAAACCAGACCCAAAUUAUGUCGGUAUGAGCUGAUUUUAUUUGGCAACAGUUCUGGCCAGAAACAAGCCAGUUAAAAAAAUUACAUUCUUUUUCUCAAAUGUACAAAAUAGCCGCACACCCCCUUAAACAUGAAGUUUCUAACACGUGUCCACCGCUCAAAGUGGUCUUCAAAAUAGAUUCUUAUUUUAAAACGUUCUCUUUCAAACUGUUUCUUUUUUCUUUUCUCUCCGUUAUUCCAAUGCCAAUGGACCAACCACGUUUUCGCGUCGACAUCUUGUGUACGUUCUAAAAUUAGCUUGUCACAUCACGUGCUUAUGAAUAUGUCAAAUUUGGGCGUUGACUGACCGACCCGGUCAGUAAAUAAAUUAAUUAGAUUUGAUAUUUUAUACAGGUAGAUAUGUUUGAUUUAAACUGAAAAUUUUGCAGAAAGUUUAUAUCUUUUGUAUGUAAAUGGAAAAAUGCAACAAUUUCUUUCUUUUAAAAUUUUCAUAUAUAUUUCAAAACUAUGAUGUGAUUUUAAAACUAUAAUGUAUUUUGGAUUUCCAGAAUUCACCUCAGCGAUCUAAAAUUUAAAAAGUGCCUUAAUACCAU